GCCGCGGCCGCCUGGGCCCGCGGAGGCGGGAGGCGGAGUCCGGCAGAUCCGGCCGCGCGCCAGCCUCGUGGUCCUCCAGCCAGACCUAGGCCUGCCCCAGGGGAUCCCCACCCCUGGCCCUCUCUUCCCCUCACUCACUGCCCCUGGAAGACCUAGACUUAGUGACAGUGACGAAAAGGGCUGUGCUUUGGGAGGGGGCGGGUCUUUAUCUUCUCUGAAUUCUGGCUGCUGCUCCGGGCCUGCAACUCGCUGCCGGGGACCCAGGAUCCAGCACUGGCAGCCGCUGGCCUCCUGGUCGGGCCCAGCUGGGGGCGCACCUGACAGUGGUCACUGCUGCCUGGGUCAGCCUCCCUGUGCUACCGGCCUGGGGCUUCUGCCUUCAAACCACUUUUUGAGACAACCCCCACCUCCAGGAACUCACUUCUCAUUCUGACCUCCUAGGGGGAUGCCUGGGGAGAGGGCCGAAUUUAUGUACUGGGGAUGGGAGGUGGGGUCCUGUAUCCACUCGUCUUUCCCUGCAGUCCAUCCUUCUGGUUCCUGCCCGCUCCAGCCUCCAGUGCAUCAUGCUUCCUCUUGCUGUCUGUGAUCCAGCCCCUCUGGCUUACUCAGCCCAUUCUUUCCUGCCUCGUGCCCUUUGCACAAGCUGUUCCUGCUGUCUAGGGUACCCUCUCCCACUCCCUUACCUUGCCUGAGUUAGCUUCUAGGGGAAGUGACCCAUCAGACUAAGUCAGCAUUUCCUAUUGUAAAUGCUUUCAGAGUUCCUUGUACUUCCAUGCUAUUAUCAUGGUUGUAAUUUGGCGUUUGUGUGUGUGAUCGUUUAACUCUUUCCUCCACUAGACUGCUCAGUGAAGGCAGAGUCCUUGUGCAUUGUUCACUCCUGCAUUCCCAUUGCUUAGUGGAGCAUGUGGCAAUCACCCAUUAUGUUUCUGUGGAGUGAGUCACACACGCCACACACUCUGAAAGAUGAAUGAAGCUUCGGGGGGCAGAUACUCAAGUGCCAUGGCCUCUUUGACCCCGCCCCAGGUCCCUGCCAGAAAAUAUCUGGAGUUGGAGGUAAAGGAUCUGAGAACACGGUACUCCUUCAUCUAGCCUGGAAGUCAGCCUCUUACUCCAAGACCCUGAUCUCUGACUCUCAUAACUGCCAGCAGGUCUCUCGGCCUGGACGUGUGGAUGACCGCACACCGAACCUCAUGGAGGCUGUGACGUUUGGCGAUGUGGCUGUGCACUUCUCGCGGGAGGAGUGGCAGUGUCUGGACCCUGGCCAGAGGGCCCUCUACAAGGAAGUGAUGCUGGAGAACCACAGCAGCGUGGCCGGACUAGCAGGAUUCCUGGUCUUCAAGCCUGAGCUGAUUUCCCGGCUGGAACAGGGACAGGAGCCCUGGGUCCUCGACCUGCAGGGAGCAGAGGGGAGAGAGGCAGCGAGGGCCUCCCAGACAGGUUCCACGAUUGGGACUGAUGGAGAGCAGGCCUGUGAGGACGUGGAUGUUGUCAAAUCAGGAUCCCAUGUGGCAAGGGUAAAAACUCCUCCACAGGAUUUUCCUCAGAGUCCUGGCUUUGGAGGCACCUCUGAUUUGGAGGUCUGGUCAGAGAGUCAGCCAGGCUCCCGCUUCCAGAAGAGCUGCUUGAACACGGGGACUGUGGCUUCCAGGAAGACCUUUGUCCAGGAGGAGGCCCAGGGGUAUGAUGGGCUGGGCAGCAGCACCCAUCCGAACUGUCAGCCUGAUAAAAGUCAGGGGUCCUUCCGAAGGUGCAGCAUGUGUGGCAGGAGGUUCAGAGCUGCUUCAGGUGUUGCUCUGCAUCAGGAAAUUAACACACAGAAGAGAUCUAACCCAUGUCAAGAGUGCCAGAAAAAAUCAUCUGAUUGCUCACAGGGGAGACAUCAAAGUAACUUGCAUGGAGAGAAGCCAUAUGAAUGUGAGGAGUGUGGGAGAGCUUUCCGGCUGUGCUCACAGCUUAGUCAGCAUCAGAGAAUCCACACUGGAGAGAAGCCGUUCAAAUGCACUGAGUGUGGAAAAGCCUUUCGCCUGAGCUCAAAACUUAUUCAGCAUCAGAGAAUUCACACUGGAGAGAAGCCCUACAGGUGUGAGGAAUGUGGAAAAGCCUUUGGUCAGAGCUCUAGCCUCAUCCACCAUCAGAGGGUCCACACGGGAGAGAGGCCCUAUGGCUGCCGGGAGUGUGGGAAGGCCUUCAGCCAGCAGUCUCAGCUGGUCAGGCACCAGAGGACUCACACGGGAGAGAAGCCCUACCCAUGCCGGGAGUGCGGGAAGGCCUUCAGCCAGAGCUCAACCCUAGCUCAGCACCAGCGGAUGCACGCUGGGGAGAGACUGCAACUGCCAAGAACCCCGGAUGGUCCCAGCCUCCUUGCGCCUCAGAGGACCCAUGCUACAGAGAAACCAUUUAAGUGUGGCGAGUGUGGGAAGGCUUUCAGGUGGGUCUCCCGCCUUAGUCAGCAUCAGCUGACUCACACCGGAGAGAAACCCUACAAAUGCAACAAGUGUUCGAAAGCCUUUGGUUGUAGCUCACGGCUUAUUCGCCACCAGAGAACUCACACUGGAGAAAAACCAUUUAAAUGUGAAGAAUGCGGGAAAGGCUUUGUCCAGGGCUCACACCUCAUUCAGCAUCAGAGAAUCCACACUGGAGAGAAGCCCUAUGAGUGCAGUGAGUGCGGGAAGGCCUUCAGCCAGAGCUCCAGCCUCAUUUACCAUCAGAGAAUCCACAAAGGGGAGAAGCCCUAUGAGUGCCUCGAGUGUGGAAAAGCCUUCAGUAUGAGCACACAGCUCACGAUCCAUCAAAGGGUUCACACCGGGGAGAGGCCCUAUAAGUGCAGCGAAUGUGGGAAAGCCUUCAGUCAAAACUCCACCCUUUUCCAGCACCAGAUCAUUCACGCGGGAGUGAAGCCCUACGGUUGCAGUGAGUGCGGGAAGGCCUUCAGCCGGAGCUCCUACCUCAUCGAGCACCAGCGCAUCCACACUCGGGCCCAGUGGUAUCAUGAGUACGGGAAUGCCCUGGAGGGGCCUAACCACAUGAGCCGUAAGAAGGUUAAUACUGCCAAGAAACUGCAUAAAUGUAGUGAAUGUGAGAAAAUAUUCAGGUGGCGCUCACAUCUAAUCAUACAUCAGAGAAUUCACACCGGAGAGAAACCUUAUAAAUGUAAUGAAUGUGGCAAAGCUUUUAAUCGCAGCUCAAGGCUUACUCAGCAUCAGAAAAUUCACAUGGGAUAGACCGCUCACCUUUGCAAAUGUGUCUAAAUGUGAUUAUACAUACAGCCUUAACUUACUUUACGUGGGAUCAUUUGUCCUGACGGUUCAGAAUGCUGGGAACAAGGCAGACUUGCUCUCUUAGGAAAGGGAACAUCCACCCAGAUUCGUACAAGCUGUGUGUUUAUUUGCUGGCAUGUCUGACCUCACCGCCUUCAUAAAGCCUGUGUCCCUCAUCUCAGGGUGCCCACAUGCAGCAUCUUGAGUUCACAGCGGACGAGGAAGAGGCAUGAGGAAAGCCCCGUGAGAAGUUAGCCAGAAUGUCUUCCUUAAGCACUGCUCGCUCAGACUGCCCUCAGCAGCUUGUGUUAGCAGCAGUGCACAGGGUGCUAAACUCCCUUCUCCGCCUCCUUUGAGUCUCGUCCCCCAGCAGAGCAGCCCAGGGGGAGGCCAGCCAGCGGAGCUGCCUUUGACGGAGCGAGACCUGCGGAGCAGCACCUGGGCUGGGGACAGGGCCACCCACCCUCCCCAAAUGGAGAGCCUAGCUGCCCAUCUGAGCAGGAGUUAAAUGGGCAGCCCCUUGCAUCACAUAGCCUCUGUCAUCCCGGCCCCACAGGAGCCUCGCAUCUGCCCAGGGUUGCCUCUCAAGAGGCCAGGACGUGGAUUGUUUAUUGCUGCUGACCGGACUUCCUCAGAGCUCCAGCCGCCAGAGCUGGGAGAUCUGCAGGCAGACACGGGAGCCUGCACCUUUUCUCAGAGACGGCGGUAGGUGGAGGCAACCACUCACCAGGCGUCGGCAUGGGUGCGAGGGUGCCCCGCAGGCUUCCAGGAGCACCAGGUGUACAUCAGCCAGGAAACAGCUUUUGCCGUGAACAAGACCAAGCCCCUCCAUGGGGAGCCAGCGGGGUGGGGGCAUUGCUUCACCUCCAGGUUUUCUCUGCCCGCACGGCCUGGAGAAAUGGCCUGGGUACAGGGGUCAGGGCCACGUGGCCUCCUUGGCACGCACAGUAAGAAUGUGCAGGGAAGACCUCUGCUCUGUCAGCUGCUUUGGUUGAUCUGCCUCAUGGGCUGGGACCUUGCAGAGCCUCACGGCCGAUCUAAUUAAGGCUCCAAGCCACAGGGUGAGCUGCCCUGCAGCGCUGAUUCCAGCCCUUCCCCGGGGUCCUGGACUCACCAGCUGAGACUUGGGACCAGGAGUCUUGUUUGGACAGGCUGUAACCCUGAGGGGCGAAGGUCACUUCAGGAUCUAUCGCAACACUGUUUGGGUCACCGUCUCGUUGGUUUGGUUAAGCCCACGGGCAGGUCCCCAGAACACUGCAGCCUCGAUCACCGUGUGUGACGUGGCCCAAAAGCAGCCUGUGGGUUUGUAUCAGGUGAAACAGGUGCUGCUCCCUGUGUGCCCAGAUGGGGGGGACGUGUCUGGAGCCCUCUGGUUGUGUUGGAACAGCAGAGUUCAGGAUGGUCGAGUCCACUGAGUUUGUGUUUGGUGUGUGGGCAGGGACGCCAACUCUGAAGAGGGUCAGCCAGAUUGCCAGCUGCUGCUGCUUAGCCCUGCACAAGGAUGCCGGUUCCCAGGCUGCAGCACCAUUUCUCGGGAUGAGGACUGACCCCCAACCUGCAC